AUGAUCAUCCCUUUCCCGGAUGUCAAACCUCUCUCACCAAUAUUCAGCCCAGAAGACUGCUCAGACAAUACAAUUCGCGAGUUGGUCCGUGCCCUAUCUGUGGCACAAGAUGGCAGCGUUAUUCGUAUGGACGCCACCGCCCUUACGUCUUCCUGGCGUGACAUCAAGGCGAACUCGGUGAUGCUUCAUCGAGUGCUCAAUGGUUUCCGCUCGCUUUACGAGGGAUUAUUGGGGCAGACUGACAUAUCAUUCAAUUCGGACGAGGACAUCAGUAUAGCUCUGCUCCGACGAGCGGAGUCACUCCAAUAUAAAGUGAAGAAUGUAGGCGAUAUCUGGCGGGCCCUGAUCUGGUUCGAGAGGAAGUACUGUGCGCUGAUAAACGAUACAUCUGCCCUCCGAAACGACGCCAAACAGGGACGAGCCAUAGCUGAGGGGCUGGCCAAAACCAUCGCUUGGCUGAACCUGGUUAUCGCGCAGUUGAGCAGGAGCUACGCCCGCGUGCAGGAGGCUCGUGUGGCGCGGACCCCCAUCUUUCGAUUGCACCUGCCUAUCCUCACUUCGAUCUUGGAGUUUGCGGCUGACUACGAUCCGCCCACGGAGAAAUCACUAGGAUGGGUGGGGCAUAGUCACGUAUGCAGCGUGUGGCGGGAGAUCUUGAUGGGCAUGCCUCGACUGUGGGCGCGCGAUGCCUUUGCCUUCGGGACUGAAGUCGCUGCGAAGGAACUCCUUGAUCGCGCUGAUCAGGCGCUCGUCUCUAUCUCGCGAGAUGGCCUCUCGAUAAGAGACAGCACUGGCCCUUCACUCACUUGGCACGAAGGCGCCGUGUCGUUUGCACGCCAUGAUCAACUAUCAUCGCUCUACCUCCUAUCAAUCAACGGGAACAUCCUCGACGUAAAGCUCCUCGCGUCGUGCUGCACUCUUCCCGAGAUGAGCCAUAUCUUCAGGAGAAAGGCUCUUCCCCACUUGCGCGACGUAUGCAUCAAGACACCGUGGACGGGGAGAGACGAGACGGGUGGCUUGCAGCAGACCAUGGCGCCCCAUCCGAAUCUACAACGCUUGGAGUUCCUUAAUACGUUCAUUCCCUUCGGCGCGCUCCCUAGUCUCGUCAGCUUGCACCUCGUCUCCGAGGAGAAGAACAAGAACAUGCCUGAAGCGACGCUUAACGCUCUCCUCGAUUCCCUCGAGCGAUGCCCGACAUUGCGUGACCUGCGCAUCUAUCCGUGGACUAUACCCCUACCAUCGCCAGCCCGGACCCCGAUCGCAUUGCCAUACCUCGACACCCUCUACGCCACCAGCUCCAGACUUCUCGAUCAUCUGCAUCUACCUGCACUACGCCGCUUGCGAAUGCUUACACCCAAUAAGGCGCCCGACCUUCGCGCCGCGCUACAGGCCCUCUUCGAGCGCUACACGUUGCCUCUACGCACCAUGCAUCUCUCGCAAAGGGUCCUGGAAGGCGACGAGGACCUUCUAACCAUUCGCUUUGGCUUCGACUCCUCGAUCUCUCCCCGUCCUGAAGCGAUCCCGGUGUCCUUCGACUUCGGAGCGAUCGAACCCGGUCAGGACUUCGUAGAACUGAUGAUGAAGGUGCAGAAGAAUCGCUCCGCCUGGACGCUCUCGCGGCUCUUCAGAUGGACAUGCAGUCAUGUUCGCGAAAUAGUGGGCACUGAGGCACUCCAAGUGCUCGGGUUUGACAACGAGACACGCGAUGCGUCGUUCAGACUCGAUCCUACGGACGGCAGGGUACACUUGGACACUAUGGUGCUCCCGUCUUUCCCUUCCGUUCGAAGGUUCGAGUUGCCAAUGCGAGAAGGACACCUCGACAGCACAUACCAUGCACUCCAGUCUCUGACUCGAAAAACAAAUCCGCAACAUCUUCCGCUCCUCCAACGCAUCAAGUUUGCCGGGCCAGUUCUCGUGGCGCAGAAGUUCGGGGAACUGCACAAGGCCGUCGUUUGUCUACUUCAUUCUCGCAGGUCGGUUGACGGCAUCAGUACUAUCAAGACUUUGGAGUUCGAGCUAGCUCUUGGGGUGUGCGCAGAGGCGUAUCCAUUAGAGACGCUCAAGAUGGCGGUUUCCAAUGCCGUCAGAUGCGCCCUGGGUGAAGGCGGGGCGAUGAACGUUGAAGAGGUCUCUCCUCAGAUGCGGGAUGGGACGAGUAGUGACGAGAUUCGUAUCGUCGCUACUCUUGUCUAUCCUUCCUCUACCCCCGCGGCAGCGGCAUAA